AUGAAGUGCCAGCCGUGCGAUGAGGGGGAUCAUCGUUCUUUGAAGGGCAGUAGCGACCAAUACGCGAUGGAGGCUCGUGUGAACCCUUUCGAUCGCCUAAGCGAUGAUCUCUUGGGGGGCAUUUUCGAGAAACUCCUGUGGAGUCCUAAUGAUUUUGGAAUGGAGGAGAAGGGUUACGGAAGAAUGUGGUUGGAGUCGGUCUGCAAAAGGUUUCAGAAGCUUGUGCACACAUUUGGGUGUCUGGACUGGCAGUUUGACAGGCCUGAGGAUGGGGAUGCGUUCCUGUGUUACAUAGUGCGCCAACAAGACAGAAUGAGUCCGUUGAAAAAGGUUGCUCUGGAUGUUGAAGGGCCAACGCAGUUGGUGGCGAUCCUCCAAUCAGUCGUUAUCGCAGCUCAAGAUAGCCUUGAGGAACUCCACGUAUUUGUUGGGGAUCUGGCCCUAGAGGAUGUCAUCAACUGGGAGUACGUUUUCCUGCUUUUUGGUGCUUUGAAAAGGCUCCGCAUUUUGGAAUUUCUUCUGUGGGAACGAGAAACUGCACAGUGGUGUCCAGUGACUUUGAGCAGAGUAUGGUUCUCAGGAUCCUUCAGAAAGUUGACGUCGUUGACCCUGUAUGGCUUUGCAAUCCCCGGUGUGGAAUCUGACUCUUUCCUGGAGAAGCUUUCAAUGCUGAAAUCCUUGGAGCUCCACUCGUACUCCAUCGGCGCAAAUGCGUCCAGCAAGGCGAGCGCUCUUGAAAAGGCUUUCUGGUGGGGCGAUGAGGAAGUUGGCAUCGAUGUGGCAGAUCCAGCCAAUGCCAGUCUGCCAAGAAGCAUGAAGAAACUGGUGGCGCUAAUGGGAAGCAGAUUCUCGGAUGUAAGCCAGAAGGCUGUAGAGAUUCUGCGCAAUCUGCUAAGCCGAAGCAACAAGCACAUAGCCAUAGCGGCAGUUCCUGGGACUCUGCAUAACCUAGUGGAGCUCCUUGUCGAUGGCGAGCAUACGGUUGCUGCAACUCUGGGACAGCUCGCUGCCGAGCCUGCCAACAAGAGCCGCAUAGCCAGUGUUCCUGGUUGUCUGCACAAGCUGCUGCGGGUUUUGGAGCAAAGGGGCUCUGGCCAAAGGCACGAGGCCGCUGCAGAAACCCUGAUCAGUUUAGCGGGGGAUGCUCAAGUCCGUAAGGACAUUGUUGGGGAUCCGCAGACGUUGAGACGAUUGGUAGGCAGUCUCAAGGACCAGUACUCUGGGAGGGCGUCUGUGAUGUCAGGCUGGGUGCUGUGGUGCUUAGCAAAUCCUGGCGAUAAAGACGCUGGUGCUACUUCCGAGAUGCAAGGGUGCGUGCAGAAACUUGUUGCGCUUCUGGAUGCUGCGGGCCUGGGCAGUCAUUUUGGAGAGGUGCUCUCUAAUCUGUGCAAGAGCCCGGGGGCGAUGCGAGAGUCUGUGCUUUUGACGCCCGAGUUUUCCCGGAGCUUGUCCAGCCUUGUGACGAGCGAGCGGGUGGAGAUACGGACAGCAGUUGCAGAGAGCUUGGAAACUUUGGCAAGCUGGGAUGCUGAGAGUUGCUGA